AUGACUUUCGCUUCUCGGAUUUUUCUUCACUCUAGAAAGCUCAGGCACCCUCAUAAGAUUCUACAAAGUGAUCGGGCAAUUUUAGCACACUGGGUUUCCAAUGAUGUCAGCCAACAUGGUCUUGGACCUGGAGGAAACCACAGGGUUUCCAAGUUCUCUAGUGGAAGCCUUUUUAAUCGUAGUUACAGAGCGAUAUCUGCUGUGGGAACACAACAGGGAAAUGCUCUGAGAACAGAAAUGGAAGUGCACACAACAGUUUCUGGCAUGAAGUUCAACAGAAGGCUCCCAACUCCAAAGGGUAAUUCAAGGAUAAGUUUUUCAACAGCUUCAGGUCUACCUGCACACCAAGAGAUUGGGAUGCCUUCUCUGUCUCCUACAAUGACGGAGGGAAAUAUUGCUAGGUGGUUGAAGAAAGAGGGUGACAAAAUUGCUCCUGGUGAAGUACUUUGUGAAGUUGAAACGGAUAAGGCAACAGUGGAAAUGGAAUGCAUGGAAGAAGGAUAUCUAGCUAAGAUUUUACGAGGGGAUGGAUCUAGUGGAAUUAAAGUUGGUGAGAUAAUCGCCAUAACCGUUGAAGAAGAGGAGAAUGUUGCAAAAUUUAAAGACUAUCAGCCUUCAACAUCAGAUUCUGCACCUGCGCCUGAAACAUCCCCUGCUCCAAGUCCACCAAAAGAAGAGAUUGCAGAAGCACCUGCUACUUCACCAGAACCAAAAAUUUCCACACCUACUGCACCUCCUUCAGCAGGAAAUCGCAUUUUUGCCAGUCCUCUCGCCAGGAAACUAGCUGAAGAUCACAAUGUAACCCUUUCAAACAUCAAAGGAACUGGUCCUGAUGGACGAAUUGUGAAGGCCGAUGUUGAAGGUUAUCUUGCUUCUCGUGGUAAGGAAGUUUCACAAGCUCCCAAGGCUGCCUCCACAGCUACUGCUACCCUAGAUUACACCGAGAUUCCACACACACAAAUUAGAAAGGUGACAGCAUCAAGGUUGUUGCUAUCCAAACAAACCAUUCCCCACUAUUACUUAACUGUAGAUACAUGUGUAGACAAGCUUAUGGAAUUGCGCAGCCAGCUAAAUGCAUUGCAGGAAGGUUCAAGUGGGAAGAGGAUAUCCAUUAAUGAUCUUGUAAUUAAGGCUGCUGCUUUGGCUCUUCGAAAGGUUCCUCAGUGUAAUAGUUCAUGGACCAAUGACUACAUUCGCCAGUAUCACAAUGUGAAUAUCAAUGUUGCGGUGCAGACAGAAAAUGGGCUGUAUGUGCCUAUAAUUAGGGACGCUGAUAAGAAAGGUUUAUCGAAAAUCUCUGAGGAAGUCAAGCAUUUAGCCCAGAAAGCAAAAGAAAACAGCUUGAAACCAGAAGAUUAUGAGGGGGGCACAUUCACGGUGUCAAAUUUGGGAGGGCCUUUUGGAAUCAAGCAAUUCUGUGCCAUUAUUAAUCCUCCCCAAUCAGGCAUUCUUGCAAUUGGCUCCGCUGAGAAGAGGGUUAUACCUGGUGGUGGUCCUGACCAAUACAAGUUUGCUUCUUUCAUGUCUGUAACGUUGAGCUGUGAUCAUCGGGUUAUUGAUGGUGCAAUUGGUGCAGAAUGGCUGAAGGCAUUUAAGGGAUAUAUUGAGAAUCCAGAAACGAUGUUGCUUUAA